UGCCUCGCACUUUUGGCUCCGCACCAAAAACCACGCUCUGAAACUUGAUCUGUCCUUUCAUUUGAACCCCUCACUGUCUCUCUUCUCUCUCUCUCUCUCUUAUUCUCUCUUCUCUCUCUCUCCUCUUUCACGUAGGCGUUCUGUUUGCGCUCUGUUAUCCCCUCUCUCGCUCUUAUCUUUCUCCUGUAAUUUGAUAUCAUUAUUUCUCUCUCAUCAUUUCUCUCUCCCUUUUUAGUGUGUUUAUCUCCACCUGCUCUCUCUCCUCAAUCUAGUUGCUUUUACUCUCUCCUCAAUCUUGUUGCUUUUACUCUCUCCUCAAUCUUGUUGCUUUUACUCUCUCUCCUCUGUCAUUUAAUAUUAUCCAUCUCCAUUACUUCUCUGUUAUCUAUACUCUCUCUCUCCUCCAUCUUCACUUUACCUAGACGGUCUGUCUCUCUCUCUAUCUCUAUCCUACCUAUUUAUCUAUACUCUGUUUCCAUCUCUCACUCUAUCAUCUCUUUUCUCUUUCAUCCAUACUCUCUCACUACCUGUUUCUCUCUUCUCGAUAUUCAUUUUACCUAUUACUCUCUCUCCUUUCUCUCUCUUUCUCUUACCUUUUAUCUAAGUUCGAUCUCUUCACAUAAACUGUUUCUCUCUCUAAGCUUUCUCUUCUGUCUGUAGUCGCGACUGAGUAUGUAUCGAUAUAACAUUUGUCGAAGCUUGAGGAAUGUUUCAAGGCAAACAGCUUAUUAUUCGUUUAAUCAUGGGAGGGCUUCCCAUUCCCUAUCUUUUUCUGAUAUAGCUGUUGAAGAAAUUUCAGGCUCCAGACCUGCAGAAGUAUACAACUUAGUGCAGGGUAGUUGGAAAGGAGUGUCUAAUUGGAGCACAAUCUUGGAUCCCUUGAAUGGUGAACCAUUCAUUAAAGUUGCUAAUGUACUUCAGACUGAAAUAAAUCCCUAUGUGGAGAGCUUGUCUAAGUGCCCUAAAUAUGGUCUUCACAAUCCACUUAGAUCGCAAGAGAGAUAUGUUUUAUUUGGGGACAUAACUGCGAAGGCUGCAUCUUUUCUGGCUCAACCUGAGGUUUCACAUUUCUUUGCAAGGCUGAUACAAAGGGUUUCUCCAAAGAGUUAUAAGCAAGCCCUGGCUGAGGUCCAGGUCUCACAGAAAUUUUUGGAGAACUUCUCUGGUGACCAGGUCCGUUUCCUUGGAAGUUCAUUUGGAGUGCCAGGGAAUCAUCUUGGACAACAAAGUCAUGGCUUUCGUUGGCCCUAUGGUCCUGUGGCAAUUAUCACACCCUUCAAUUUCCCACUGGAGAUUCCUCUGCUGCAGCUAAUGGGUGCACUCUACAUGGGGAACAAGCCCAUUCUCAAAGUUGACAGCAAGGUAAGCAUUGUGAUGGAGCAAAUGCUUCGCCUCCUUCACCAAUGUGGUUUGAAUAUGGAGGAUGUGGACUUCAUCAACUCUGAUGGGAAUACCAUGAACAGAAUCUUAUUGGAGGCAAAACCACGAAUGACACUAUUUACUGGAAGCUCUCGUGUUGCAGAAAAGUUGGCUGGUGACCUAAAAGGACGCAUCAAACUGGAAGAUGCAGGUUUUGAUUGGAAAAUCCUUGGUCCUGACGUUCAAGAGGUUGAUUAUGUUGCUUGGGUUUGUGAUCAAGAUGCAUAUGCAUGCAGUGGCCAGAAGUGCUCUGCACAAUCUAUUCUUUUUAUGCAUGAGAACUGGAUUUCAAGUGGGCUUGUUUCUAAUUUGACACUCCUUGCUGAGAGAAGGAAACUAGAAGACUUAACCAUUGGCCCUGUUCUAACUGUAACCACUGAAAGCAUGCUUGCACAUAUGAACAAGUUGCUUGAAAUUCCAGGUUCAAAGCUGCUGUUUGGGGGAGAGCCUUUAGAAAACCAUAAUAUUCCAAAAAUUUAUGGAGCCAUAAAACCAACUGCUGUUUUUAUACCACUUGAAGAAAUUCUGAAAGACAAGAACUUUGAGCUUGCAACCACAGAAAUUUUUGGUCCAUUUCAGAUUUUGACGGAAUAUAAACAUGAUCAGCUCCCCAUGGUCUUAGAUGCAUGUGAGAGAAUGCAUGCACAUUUGACUGCAGCUGUGGUUUCCAACGACCCCAUCUUUCUUCAAGAAGUUUUGGGGAGAUCUGUGAAUGGGACAACAUAUGCUGGGAUUCGAGCACGCACUACUGGUGCCCCACAAAAUCACUGGUUUGGACCAGCAGGUGACCCAAGAGGUGCAGGGAUAGGAACACCAGAUGCUAUAAAGCUGGUAUGGUCUUGCCAUAGAGAGAUUAUAUAUGACAUUGGUCCAUUGCCUCAACAAUGGCAGGUGCCACCCUCAACUUGAGAAUGACACAGAAGAGCAUACACGUGAAGAUUUAGCAAUGAAAUAAUGGGCACUUUUUAUGAUUUUAGUCUAGUGAAAUAAUUCUGCUAUGGCUCUCCCUAGGUUGUAGAAAUGUUUUAAAGCUUUGGCUGCAACGGAGGUCCAGCAAUAAAGCGCCAAUAAAGAAUUUUUAAUAUUUAUGCUCGA